AUGGAGGGCAAUGGCGGCGUCCACUUCUUCAAGAAUGCACAAGGGGUCACAGUCAAAAAUAGCCAUUUCGUCAGUGCUGGACAUGAUUACAUUCGCUAUGAGAUUUCGGGUGACUACCAUGCUCACAACUACGAGAACGAAGAAGGAUUCAAGAAUCUGGGCAAAGUCGUAGUCCCCGACGCACUUCAUACAUCGGGUUUGACUGCAAGAUGUCACCCAGGAACGCGAGAAAAGAUCAUUCUUGCUAUUAGAUCAUGGAUUGAAGACAAGAAAACACAACAAGAUGUCCUCUGGAUUUACGGAGCAACUGGGAUUGGCAAGUCGACUAUUAUGCAGGAGAUCGCAGAGUUGUACUUGAGUUGUGAACCCAAGGAUCGUUAUUUCGGGGGCACAUUCUUCUUUUCAAGAGGAAAGCCAGGUCGAGAUGACGACAGCCGCCUUUUUACCACCUUGGCCUAUCAGCUCUGUCUUUGCGAUCCUGAAAUGCGCAAAAAUGUUGAUCGCGCUAUGGCCAAUAAUCCCCAUCUCUCUUCCAAUCGCCCUGGAUUGCAACUUCGCAGCCUCAUUUUUGAACCCCUCAGCAAACUGUCAACCCCACCUUCUACAACUCCUUUCGUUAUCAUCGACGGACUCGACGAAUGUAAAAGUCAUGAAAUUCAGACGCGCAUUAUCAAGACAAUCACCGACACCUUACUCACCUAUGAUCGUCGAGUACGUUUCAUCAUAACAAGUCGAUCUGAGGCCCAUAUCCGGGAUAUCUUUGGGGACCCCAUGAUCUCGCCUAGGACGCAUCAAAUUGGCUUGGAUUCGUUAUACAAUCCGGAACGCGACAUUCGACUCUUUCUCGAGGAACGGUUGAACGCGAUUACGACCCUGAAGUCAACGAUAAUGUCAAAAGUUAAACGUCAAUGGCCCUCACCUUCUGACAUUGAUUAUCUAGUCAAAAAGUCAUGCGGACAAUUUUUAUACGCUUCGACUGUACUUAAAUUUGUUUGCGCGGAAAACACACAUCCCGUCACACAGUUGAAAACAGUGCUUGCUUCGACACAUGCGACAAAUGUUUACUCGAACAUGGACGAACUUUAUACUCAAAUUUUGCAAACGUGCCCGAGUCCCGAAACUCUGAAACGAAUUUUUGGCCUUCUUCUUACUCUCCAUUGUCCGCAACCACCGGAAGUAUACGAUGAUAUACUUGGCCUAGACCCAGAGACAGAAGGAGUGGCCUACAUACUCCAUGGUCUACACUCCGUCAUCAGGUUUCCUAAUCCUUCGGAUGACGAAACGGAAAGACGAGUUUUCGAGCGUCGUCUAGAGUACGACAAGACUCGUGGUUUGCGUUUUCACCACGCCUCAUUCCAAGAUUUCCUCCUCGAUGAAAAGCGAUCCAAAACGUUUUUUGUUGACUUGUCGACUGCCCAUGCCACUCUUGUAAAAUCUGGGUUUGAUCUUAUGACGAAAUGGAUAUCAGGUCCUUGGAGAACUGGUGCCGAGGAAGACUGCCCAACGAAGGAAACUUGGGGUUAUCUGAAACAUCAUAUGGGCCUUCACCUCGACAAUUGCGAAGUGGAUAUAGUUGAAGACGUUCUGAAGGACCUGAAUAAGUUCGAUGUUGUAUUUCCUCCGUCCAGAGUUAUUGGAGAUCCUAUCUGGGAUAUAGCAUUUGAUGCUCUACAUUGCAUUGUCACGGCAUUCGCCACGAUACUAACCACAGAAGAAGAAACCAGACAACAACUUCUCAACCCGACUAACUUUCAUUCUGAACACUCUCACUGGGCGCAAGAGUGUGUCUUAAACCCACAAAAGGCCAUGGAGCGCACAGAUUCUCCAGUUCUACCCACAUAUAUUAAAUUUUGCGCUGCUCUCGACGAUUUCUACAAGUUCAUCCUUUCUUCCUCCAAUGAUAUUCAGCAGCUGUUAGAAAAGCUUCCCGGAAUUACGACAGGAAUGGGGCCCAUUAGGUUUCAUUGGCUACGUGACCUCUUUUCCAUCGAAGAUAAUCAACUUUUUCAAAACCGUAAAUUUUUUAACACAUGGAAGAACGCCUUUUGGGCUCAGCAUUUUGCUCUUGGAGGGGAGAAAUCUGGAAAUGAUGAUGUAGUUCUGCUAUUGAACCCUCACUUCAGGGACUUUUUGCACGACAAAAGCCGCUCUGGACCGUCGCGUCACCCUCUAACAUACCUCGAUAAUAUUUUGAGGAAAUGUCUGGAAUCAAUCAGCAUAUCUCAUUCAGUAUCUUCCGGUGACCAUCCUAUGUUCCAGUUAAUACAGGGCUUGAAAAUGCUCUCAUACGACAAAACGUGUCUUCAAGAAGCCCCUGUUCUUAACGUCGAUCUUCUUUGGUCCGCUACACGACGGCUUCUUGAUUGGAUACAGCGGGAAUAUGAAUCUUUAAGACAUUCCGACCGGAGAGGUUUACAGUAUAGGAUUCGGAAGGAUCUCGCCGACAUAAGCACUCAUAUCUAUACCCAAAUUCUCCAAGUUGACACACCCGUCACCGGAGGUAGAAUCAUAACGAUCUAUGAGCCGUUCCGUAUUGCUAUCAACCGUGAUCUCGCCUCAAAAACACCGUCAACACUAUCGCCUCCUCCGUCUCCCAUGUAUCCGGAGCAGCUGAUGAUCUCGGAGACUCUGCUCUCUAUGCAUGGGAUCCGGUCAUCACUGCUUGCAUUCCUCACCAAGCCCGAGAGAGCAGGAAAAUGGUGCUUCACGCCGGUGGAGUACCAUACCCAGUCUGCUGAAAUUUGUUUAGAGCAUUGUGACCCUUUCGUCUCUGAUAUUUCGAAAGAUUGGAGAACUUGGCCAUCACACAAAGAAUGGCGGUAUCAUCUUGUCAGGGCUAGUCCGAGCGAAACAAUCUUUGCGAGGUUGCGGUCCAUUCAUCCCGGCCCUUGGCUGACGGAAGGCCUUCCAACGGGUGACUCGGGGGCAAAGAAGAGGUCCAUUAUUGCCAUUAUCGAUUGGUUAAACAUCAGCAGUUUUCAUUUACCAGCCUUGCGUUCACAGAAAUUUCCCGAAACUCCUAUCGAUAUUACUGAGCGCUGGAGACAAAUUUUACUCGACUUCACACGGCUGGACCGCUGGCGCAAAGCAAGAAUCGGGGAAAGCGCUAAGGAAGGUGUGUACCCUGCAAGUAGGGAGGGAAGCCCCAACCUAUCCGUCCGCAGUGGCUCCAACUUUCCGCCGUCUCCAUCGCCAUCCACCUCCUACUUUCGGGAUACAGGCAGUAGUAUGAUUUUGAGGUCAUGA